UUAAUAAAAUAUGUAAACGAACAGGUAUCGCCGAUAAGAUCGUUAGCGGUGCGAUAUGUUUUGCAUUCGAUUUCACAAUGAAUAACACACGUUCCUUACUGAAAACAUGGUGUUCAACUAGACGUAGCGUUAUCGUUUGAUCCUCACCGGCGUUGCAAGUUAAUUGCUCAGAGGAGUUCGGACGGGCAUUAAAACCUGCAAUUAGAUGAGUGGAACUAUCAGUAGCAUCCUAUAAAGUUACAUUUAAAUUAAACGAACGCUGUGCUGACGGAUUUGAGUGCUUGUUUUAAGAUUGGAUUUAGUCUGUGUCAUUAAGAGGUGACAUUUGUGCAGCUAAUGAUGAAAAUGGCGAGGCAGGACGCCAUCUUUGUUGUUUGUUUUGUUACCAUGGUAACGACAAGUUUGGCAUUUGACCUAACCAUUCUUCACACAAACGACGUACACGCGAGAUUCGAACAGUUCAACAAAUACGGUUCAGAUUGUAGCGAGAAAGAGGUCGGAAGUGGCCAGUGUUAUGGGGGCGUUGCUAGGCGACUGACGAAGCUUAACGAGAUACGUCGUAGUCAUAGAAAUGUGCUUCUUUUAGACGCUGGUGACCAGUUUAUGGGUACACUGUGGUUCUUCCUCUAUAAGGGGAUGGCCGCUGCUCAUUUUAUGAAUAAACUUGGAUAUGACGUCAUGGCGCUUGGUAAUCAUGAGUUUGAUCUGGGUGUCGAGGAGCUUGCACGAUUUCUGGAUAACGUAACUCAUGACGUCAUCAGCAGUAACAUUGACGUCACAAGGGAGUCCCUGCUGCAGGAGAAAAUCAAUAAAAGCGUGAUCAAGACUAUUGGAGGACAACGAAUAGGCAUUAUAGGAUACACAACACAAGAGACCGUGUUUAUUUCCGCUCCAGGCCCGACCUUGACCUUCAAUGACGAAAUCGCCAGCAUCCGGUACGAGGUGGCUGUUCUGCAGGCCGCAGGCGUCAACAAGAUUAUCGCCCUCGGUCACGCCGGUCAUACGUUGGACAAGGAGAUCGCAAAGAUUGACGGCAUUGACGUCGUCGUCGGCGGUCACACCGACACAUUCCUAUACACGGGAACACCCCCGUCGAAUGAAAGUCCCGUCGACGUAUACCCUGUUGUCGUUCAGCAGCCCCAGGGGGGUCGGGCACUCGUGGUGCAGGAUUACACGUUUGGAAAGUACCUCGGGUAUCUUAACGUCACUUUUGACGUCAACGGCGCCGUCACUAGUUACGGCGGUAAUCCGAUUCUUCUAGACGCAAGUGUACCGGAAGACCCCGGUUUGCUUGUGGAAGUGGCCACCUGGCGUUUGGAUGUGGACGCGCUUAAAACUAAUGUCAUCGGUGAAACUGUAGUGACGUUGGAUGGUCGACGCGAAAUCUGUCGACUGCGAGAAUGCAACCUUGGUAACCUGAUGGCGGACGCUAUGGUGGACUAUUACGCAAAAGGCUUCAACCACGCCAAUACCACGUGGGCCCUGUCCGCUAUUGCUAUGAUGAACAGCGGUGGCAUCCGCGCUUCUAUCAAGAAAGGUAACAUCACCACUGGGAACGCAAACACCGUUCAGCCGUUCCAGAACGAGGUGGACCUGAUCAGUGUGACGGGCGCAAACCUCCGUGAGCAGCUCGAGUGGAGCGUGGGGGAGUACAACCCCGUGGAUGCGCAUGGCAGGUUCAUGCAGUUUUCAGGUUUACAUGUAACAUAUAACCUCCUAAAGCCCUCCAUGCAUCGUGUGGUCGACGUACAGGUGCGUUGCCUUGAGUGUGACAUACCGAAUUACUCCCCGUUGAAGGACGACGCCAUUUAUCCAAUUCUUCUACCAGCAUUCAUCGUCGGUGGCGGAGACGGCUUUAAUUUUCAGCCCAUAGAGCAUCUGCCAUUAAACACUUUGGAUGUUGAGGUUACCAUGUCAUACCUGGCGAAACACGCUCCAGUUUACCCUAGCGUGGAGGGCCGGAUACGAUUCCAGACACCAAGCGGUCCGACGACUUCCGGUACUGACGGAAUUGUUAGUGGAAUGACGCCUAUGGCGUUGCUUUUGACAUUAUGUUCAUAUUUUCUUUCUUGAUUCUGUUUUAAGGGAUGGAGUUAGUUACACUUUUAUCGUUUCCUUAUAUUUUCAAGCAGUUUCUGUUUGUCGUGUAUACACAUAUUGUACAAUCGGUUUAAUUCCGGUUGCUGACUUCGUGAUUGGCUUGUAUUUUUGAAUUCUUACAUCUUGUGGUGCAUUUUUCUAUGUAACGUCUGUAUGCUAGAUGUAUAUAUUUAGUUGUACGUAUUUUCCGAUGAAAAAAAUCAUAUAUCGUGCUUUGGAGCUCCUCCUUUUCUUAGCGCCAACUCCUUAGCAUUGGUUCAGUCUUUAGUGGAAGAAUGUUUAGGAUCUAUUUGAUCAACUAGAGUUCCAAUAUCUUCGUUUAUUUAUAAAGUAAUAUAUGUUGAAAGUUAUCAUUUUAUUUCGUUAACGAUUACAUUUGUUUGCUCGUCACCCAGGCAACAUACAUUUGCUUUAUAAACUGAACCAUGUCGCAAUUCAUAACGGUCCUUACGUUUUCAAAUAUGUUAUAAUUUUAUGUUUCUGUCCAUUUGUUGAUUUAAUGGUGUUGAAUCGCACUACAUUACUCCAGGUCAAUAACUGCCGUUUUAAACGUAACUAGUGAGAUUAGCAAUGUACACAUUAUGCUGUUAGUAGGGACUGUUCAAUUACGUACAUGUUUGUUAAGGCUUUUAGCAUGUGUUUGUUUUCUUUAAGGAUUUGACAUUUAUCCUUAAAUCGUAUUUAACUAUCUGUUGUUUUUUUAUGAUUUGAAUAUACAUGUAUUGACAUAUUUGCUCUAUAAACCCCUAAAUGGAAAUUCCGAUUUUUUUUGAACGUCCAAAAAAUAGUAAUGUUCUUUGUCGUUACAAAACACAUAUACUCGAAUGCAUCUUCAAUGCAUCUUUGAUGAAGAAGGAUAAUGUAAUGGAUAUACAUUUUAAUAAAAUUAAUAAAUAGA